UGACGUCUAAGGGAAAGUUCCGCUCGCUCAGGGAUCCACGGUCGGAUCGAUUGGUUACGCCUGGCUGGGAGGCAGCUUCUUGUAUAGGAGUCUGGCCGUAUCUCUGGCAGAGGAAGGCUCCCGUCGCCUCUUCUGCCCCUUGUCCUCCGCAGUCGAGACUCACCCCUUCCUCAUCCCCCGGAAACUUAAAGCCGCCUCUUCGGGUUCCAGUUCGUGAUCCAAAGGGCUGCGUCUGGGACUCCGGAGAGCUUUCGAGGAGGCCUGGUGAACAGAGUCCGGGGGAAGGGGGAGGAGGGCAGAGGUAAGCGGAGACAGAGGUUGUGCACAGUAAAUCUUGCAGUCGUAAAGAGGAGAGAAUAUCUACUGCCACCGGGAGGACCCUGCAGUGACCCGGGAGAGCUUUGCCGUGACGCAGUUGGGAGACUGAAGCGGAUACCCGGCCGAGCAGUGAACUCCGGGGUUCUGGUUCCCCUCACCCUACCCUCAGGCCGUCCCAGGACAUUUUCAUCCCUUGGGGAGGAGAGGAGGCCAGGUUUGCUGCCGGGGCUUUGAUGAUGAGCCCGCGGUGGGGAUCCGGAUCCUCCCCGGCAGCUCCUCUCACCAGCGGCUGAGAAUCACACCACACCAGCGGUAUGGCAUCACAGCUGCAGGUGUUUUCCCCUCCUUCAGUAUCAUCCAGUGCCUUCUGCAGUGCUAAGAAACUCAAAGUCGAGCCUUCCGGCUGGGAUGUUACGGGACACGGUAAUAACAAGUAUUACAGGCACAGCAAAAACAUCCCGGUCACCCAAGGACACGUCGCAAGUUCUUCUCACCAGGUAGCUGGUUUUGGUUUGUCUGCCUAUGAACCCAGCCUCCUGAUCCCAGCCACUGCGGCAGAUCACAUUGUGGUAACUGCAGCCGACAGCACAGGUGGUGGCCCUACCACCUCCUUCCAGAGCAGUCAGAUUCUCAGCCACCGAAGUAACCUUUCUUUACUGGAACCUUAUCAAAAAUGUGGACUGAAAAGAAAAGGUGAGGAGGUGGACAGCAACGGUAGCGUGCAGAUAAUUGAUGAACGGCCACCUCUGAUGCUCCAAAACAGAGCCGCAGUGGGUGCUGCUGCCACGACCAGCACUAUAAGCACUAAAAGCAGCAGUUCUAAUGGCGAGGGUGACUAUCAGCUUGUUCAGCAUGAAAUCUUGUGUUCUAUGACCAACAGCUAUGAAGUCUUGGAGUUUUUGGGCCGGGGAACAUUUGGUCAGGUGGCAAAGUGCUGGAAGCGGAGCACCAAGGAAAUUGUAGCAAUUAAGAUCCUAAAAAACCACCCUUCAUAUGCCAGACAAGGUCAAAUUGAGGUCAGCAUCCUCUCCCGCCUUAGCAGUGAGAAUGCAGAUGAAUACAACUUUGUACGUUCCUACGAGUGCUUCCAGCACAAAAAUCACACAUGCCUUGUUUUCGAAAUGCUGGAGCAGAACCUGUAUGAUUUUCUUAAGCAGAAUAAAUUCAGUCCCCUGCCUCUUAAAUACAUCAGGCCCAUCCUGCAGCAAGUUGCUACUGCCCUAUUGAAACUCAAAAGCCUUGGACUAAUUCAUGCCGAUCUGAAACCUGAGAACAUCAUGCUGGUAGACCCUGUGCGUCAGCCCUAUAGGGUGAAAGUGAUCGACUUUGGAUCUGCCAGCCACGUGUCAAAAGCAGUCUGUUCAACCUAUUUGCAGUCUCGCUAUUACAGAGCUCCUGAAAUUAUCCUGGGGUUGCAGUUUUGUGAAGCUAUCGAUAUGUGGUCCCUUGGAUGCGUCAUCGCAGAGUUGUUCCUAGGAUGGCCGCUGUACCCCGGCGCUUCUGAGUAUGAUCAGAUCCGGUACAUAUCUCAGACCCAAGGUCUUCCCGCAGAGUACCUUCUUAGUGCUGGAACAAAAACAUCUAGAUUUUUCAAUCGGGAUCCGGAACUUGGAUAUCCUUUAUGGAGGCUAAAGACACCAGAGGAGCAUGAAAUAGAAACUGGUAUAAAAUCGAAGGAGGCACGAAAGUACAUCUUCAAUUGCUUAGAUGAUAUGGCUCAGGUGAAUAUUUCUACAGAUCUAGAGGGUACCGAUAUGUUGGCAGAGAAGGCAGAUCGAAGGGAGUUUAUAGACUUGCUGAAGAAAAUGUUAACUAUUGAUGCCGAUAAGAGAAUAACACCCCUGAAAACCUUGAACCAUCCUUUUGUCACAAUGAAUCACUUGCUGGAUUUCCCGCACAGCAACCAUGUAAAGUCCUGCUUUCAAAAUAUGGAAAUUUGCAAGAGGAGAAGCAAUAUGUAUGAUACAGUAAAUCAGAUCAAAAGUCCAUUUACCACCCAUGUCGCUCCCAACACAAGCACAAACCUGACCAUGAGCUUCAACAAUCAACUGAACACUGUGCACAAUCAGGCUAGUGUGCUGGCUUCCGGUUCAUCUGCGGCUUCUUCCCUUUCCUUGGCCGGCUCAGAUGUCUCGCUACUUAACUAUCAGUCUGCGCUUUACCCGCCGUCUGCUGCCCCGGUGACUGGGGUCACACAGCAGACUGUGUCUCUGCAGCCUGGAGCUACUCAGCUGUGCGCCCAAACCGAUCCAUUCCAGCAAACCUUCAUCGUCUGCCCUCCGCCGUUUCAAGCUGCCGGACUCCAGCCGUCUACCAAGCAUUCUGGUUUUCCUGUUCGGAUGGACAAUAGCGUUCCUCUGGUACCCCAAGCUCCUGCAGCCCAGCCUCUUCAAAUCCAGUCAGGUGUCUUGACACAGGGAAGCUGUACACCACUAAUGGUAGCAACUCUUCAUCCACACGUAGCCACCAUCACACCGCAGUAUGCGGUGCCUUUUACCCUGAACUGCGCAGCCGGGCGGCCGGCGUUAGUUGAACAGACAGCUGCCGUACUGCAGGCAUGGCCUGGGGCAACACAGCAAAUUUUGCUACCAUCCACUUGGCAGCAGCUUCCUGGAGUUGCUCUUCACAACUCUGUUCAACCCACCGCAGUGAUACCAGAAACCAUUGGAAGUAACCAGCAGCUCACGGACUGGAGAAAUGCACACUCUCAUGGGAACCAGUAUAGCUCAUUGAUGCAGCAGCCAUCUUUGCUUGCAAACCAUGUGACCUUAGCUGCAGCGCCGCCUCUAAAUGUGGGCGUUGCCCAUGUUGUUCGACAGCAGCAGAAUGGCAGCAUGUCGACAAAGAAAAACAAGCAGCAAAGUCAGAGCAAUCAAAAGACACUGUCUGCUCUGGAUGUCAUCCCCUCACAAGUAUAUUCCUUGGUGGGAAGCAGCCCCAUUCAUGCUCCAUCUUCAUACAGCCAGCUCCUUCCGGUCCAGGAGCAGAGACAGCCCAUUAUAAUCCCAGACACCCCAAGUCCACCUGUGAGCGUCAUUACAAUUCGCAGUGAUACUGAUGAGGAAGAAGACAGCAAGUAUAAACCAGCAAGCUCUAAUAUGAAGAUGCGAUCCAAUGUCAUCAGCUACGUGACAGUCAAUGAUUCACCGGACUCGGAUUCCUCUGUAAGCAGCCCUUAUGUUGCUGACCAGCUCUCUACCCUGAAUGGAUUAAGUGGAAUCUUCGACGUUUCGCAUAGCCGAGCUGCCCAAAAUCAGAGCUCUAGUUCUCGCACAAUUAUUGUUCCUCCACUAAAGACACAGGCUAACGAUUGCAGUUUGGAUACCCACAUGCCAGGUAUCCUAACCAAUACAGGCAAAACUAAAACUUCCAAUGCAUCAAAUGGACAAUCAUCUGGAAGCUGUGUUUCUCAAAGUAGCUAUCGCUCUUACCGAAUGCAGCCUCUCAACCUCAGCCAGAACCAGCAGAUGGGAUCUCAGGAGAUAAGUUUGAACCCUGCUCCUCGCAGGCAACAAGCCUAUGUGGCCCCUCUCCCAUCAAUCUCUCAGGCACCGUUCACUUUCCAACACAGCAGCCCUCUACAUUCCACUGUCCAUCCUCAUCUUGCGGCAACAGCCUCCACUCAUCUAACAAGUCAGCCUCACAUGUACACCUAUGCUCCGACCACAGCUGCAUCCUUGGGCUCCACCACAUCCAUCGCUCACCUGUUCUCCCCUCAGGGCUCCUCAAGGCACACCACGUAUGCCACCCAUCCCAGUACUUUGGUUCAUCAGGUUCCUGUCAGCGUGGGACCCAGCCUGCUCACCUCUGCUAGUGUGGCUCCUGCACAAUACCCGCACCAGUUUGCAAGCCAGUCAUACAUCGGUGCCUCUAGGGGCUCUGCUAUAUACACUGGAUACCCUCUGAGCCCUGCCAACAUCAACCAGUACUCCUACUUGUAAUCCAGGGAGUGCAAGGUUUUCCAGACUGGUUAGAAUGCAAGAUACCCUCUGAAAAAAAAAAAAAAAAAAGGGUGACUCUCUUCCUUUGAUACUGACUGCAUUGUUGUGGUCACGUACGCUUGCUCAGUGUUAACUCUGUGACUUUGUGGACUGCGUCUUUGUAGCAUCCCUUUGCAUCGCUCCGAAGCCCAGGAUUUUCUCAUCUGUGGACUACCAUAACAUUGUCGGAGUUUGAAUGAAAUGUAAAUAUGUUUUAAGCUGUGUGUGUUUUAUUAUUUUUAUUUCUUUUGCUGUAGCAGUUGUGCUCAGAUUUUGCUGUGUGAUUAAGUAGAAUAGCUUAUGCUUUUAAAUUACUUAACGUUUUUUUUUUUUUUUACAUAUUCAAACGUGAUUGGUUUUAGGAGACAAAAAUAGUUUUUAGAUUAUAUUUUAUUAUAAUUUUUUUUAAAUGUUCUUUUCCUCCCAUUUUUACUAUUUGCUUGCGUAAAGCAUUGAAAAUCGUGUGCCAGAUGGCUGAUGGAUAUAUAGGGGUAAACACACAGAAGCAUUUAGCGAGUAGCCCUUACCGUCUUACACGGCUGAAAGCUGCACCUUUGUUACUGUUGACACCGCAUGGCAGGCGGUCGCUUAAAAUCUACCUUUAUGUCUACACUGGGAUGUAUUCCAGAGGAUUCCGGUUUCAUAAGUCACAUCAUGUCCCAUGUGAUUUUCAUUAUAAAGUGGAGAUGCUGCACAUAUUCUGAGAUACUGUUUUAGAUUUUAAUCGCCAAACAAAUCUUGAUCCUCCUUUAGGAAUAUAUGAGAACCACAAAUAGAUACGAAGAGGAAAAACAAUGUAUUGAAUUUUAAGUUGGAACACAGAUGUGCAUUAAAAUAAUGGUAUUUUAUAUGCUUGGCAAAUCUAGCCAGCACUCUAUGGAAUUAACGAAAAA